AUGCUUAACUACGCUUUUCCUUCAGGGUGGUCCACAUUAUUAUGCAAAUUUCUUCAGACACUGCACGAAUCAGAGUGGAAUUGCGAUCGAUUGUGGUAUAUUGUGAAGUAUAGCACACCUCAAAAUCAGGGCUUCAGGAAUUUAACACGUGGUGAGGAUCAUGUUGUUUUCGACUCCGAGCCGUUUACGCAGUGGACAUUCGAAGUACAAGCUGCAAAUCCGUCCGGUGAAACGCAGUGGUCACGCCCAGUUACUGCACAAACGGAAGGGACCGCACCUGGUCCUGUCUCGGAUUUGCGGAUUUACCCUCAAUCGCCAGAUGCGUUACAAUUAUCCUGGAGACAGCCGCAGAAUCCAUACGGACAAAUCACUGGUUAUGAAGUUGCGGAAAGGCCCAUAACAGUGACAAGCGACCGUCCUUCAUUCACGCUGAAAGGACUUUCACCACACUCAAAAUAUCGAGUUGCUGUUGCGGCAAAAACUAACAUAGCUGGUAGGUUUUUUCUUACAGAACACCUGGUCCUGUCUCGGAUUUGCGGAUUUACCCUCAGUCGCCAGAUGCGUUACAAUUAUCCUGGAGACAACCGCAGAAUCCAUACGGACAAAUUACUGGUUAUGAAGUUACUUACCAGUUAUUGUCGAAACGAAGGUGUACCAAGCGCAGCGCCAAUCUAUAUUCGCGCAAUGAAUAUCCUUCCAAACGAGGUUGAUCUGGUCUGGCAAGCGCCAGCAUGUUUACAAACGAACGGUGAAAUCACGGAAUAUGAGUACGAAGCUACACCGGUGGAUAAAUAUGGCGCUGGUGCGGGUGCUGUGAAGAAAGUUGUACGUGGUACCAAGACCAAAAUUACCAACCUUUCACCGUAUACUAAGUACGCAGUACGGAUGCGCGCAUAUACAAGAAAAGGACCCGGACCAUGGUCAGAACCAGUGCAGUUCCAGACUGCUGCUGCACCUGAGAUCCCAGCACCACCGAUGGUGCGAGUUUUGAGUACUGGAUCAACAAAUGCAGAUUUGGUCUGGCAGGAACCAUACCCGUCAUCCGGUUACAUCGACAAAUACAAAUGCCAAUAUGCGGUAGCAGGAACAAAGCAGUAUCAAGAGCGCCAGUUUCCGGCCUAUAAUCCUUGCGGCCAGGAGGUUGUACGAAUGCGGCAGCUCCCGCCACCACCAGCUGGUUCGAAGCUCCAUUGUGCUCGCAUCGAUGGCUUGCAACCCGAAAAAGAGUACACAUUUAUGGUAUCAGCGGGUGGUCCAAGUGGUGCCUGGUCACCGUGGAGUGAGCCACAAGUUGGUCACAUUAGCGACAGUCCAGUUCGAGUGGUUUCGCUGACCAAACUCGGAGGGACGGCAAACAGUCUUUUGAUUGCCUGGAAUGUGCGUCCUACAGAUGCAGCACGUGUCGUCGGCUAUCGAAUUCAUGUUACACCAGUUGGCCAGUAUGGCGCACGGCCACAAACUUUCUCGGUGGAUCGGUCUACGCUACAGUACAACAUCGAUAAUCUAUCACCCAAUACUCGCUACAACAUCACGGUCGACGCUACGACUGAUGGUACUCAGUACCAUCCUGGUACGGGCACCGAAAUGCGCACUGAUUCUGCGCCGCUAACUGGUAUGAGUGUAGCACCGCGGGUUAUUGAAGAGCAGGCAACGUCGGUAACGUUGGAGUGGAAUGCACCGCCCGGAGAAGUUGGCGGCUUUUUGGUCGAAUACAGGAUUAGUGGUGGGGCUUGGCAGCAGUAUAAUCGCCAUGUCCCAGCACAUCCUGGACGUCGGGUUUAUACUGCACAAAUCGAUCAGGUACAAAUUCACUACAAUAUUUUUCAUAGGUCAUGGUACCUGAUUUGUUACCUGUAGGC